UCCAUGCGUAAGAUCCGGGCUCGAGGAAGGAUGAAUGUUAUUGUUAAUUUUAAAGAUGGCGGCGGCGGAGGGAGGAGGGAAGGAGUUGAACGAAAUUAAAACUCAGUUCAAUACACGGGAAGGCGUCUAUAAACUCCUCACUCACUCCGAAUAUAGCCGCCCCAACAGGGUGCCUUUUAAUUCCCAGGGUUCAAACCCGGUCAAAGUCUCUUUCGUUAACGUCAAUGACCAGUCUGGUAACGGCGACAGAAUCUGUUUUAAUGUGGGCCGGGAGCUGUACUUCUACAUCUACAAAGGCGUUAGAAAGGCGGCUGACUUGAGCAAGCCUAUCGACAAGAGGAUAUACAAGGGAACACAGCCCACGUGUCAUGACUUCAACCACCUGACGGCCACGGCGGACAGCGUCUCCCUGCUGGUGGGCUUCUCGGCAGGCCAAGUGCAGCUCAUCGACCCCAUCAAGAAGGAGACCAGCAAGCUCUUUAAUGAGGAAAGACUAAUAGACAAAUCUAGAGUGACUUGUGUAAAAUGGGUGCCCGGCUUGGAGAGGUUGUUCCUAGUUGCUCAUUCCAGUGGAAACAUGUACUUGUACAACGUAGAAAACACGUGUGGCACCACGGCGCCUCACUACCAGUUGCUCAAACAGGGCAAGAACUACUCUGUGCACACGUGUAAGAGCAAGUCCACGCGCAACCCUUUGCUCAAAUGGACGGUGGGCGAGGGAGCGCUCAACGAGUUUGCCUUUUCACCCGACGGGAAGUUCCUGGCGUGCGUCAGCCAGGACGGCUUCCUUCGGGUCUUCAACUUUGACGCGGUGGAGCUGCACGGGACCAUGAAAAGCUACUUUGGGGGUCUGCUGUGCAUGUGCUGGAGUCCGGAUGGAAAGUACAUUGUCGCGGGGGGCGAGGAUGAUCUGGUGACCGUGUGGUCGUUUGUGGACUGCCGGGUUAUCGCGCGCGGUCACGGACACAAAUCAUGGGUCAGCGUGGUGGCGUUUGACCACUACACAACCAGCGUGGAGGAUGCAGACCCUAUGGAGUUCAGCGGCAGCGACGAGGACUUCCAGGGCCAAAUCCACUUUGGUCGCGACCGGGCCAACAGUACGCAGUCCCGGCUCUCCAAAUGCAACUCCACGGACAGUCGGACAGUACACACCACCUACAGGUUUGGCUCAGUGGGCCAGGACACUCAGCUGUGCUUGUGGGACCUCACAGAAGAUAUCCUUUUCCCCCACCUCCCGCUUUCCCGGACAAGAACACACACCAAUGUGAUGAAUGCUACCAGCCCCCCGGCAGGAGGUGGAGUCGCUGGUGACAUAGUGAACAAUGUGAGUAAUAACCCUAGCACGAACGACAGCGGCGCCAACACCCCCAGUAACUCCCUCUCCUCUCCCCUGCCACGCUCCAACAGCUUACCGCACUCGCCAGCUAUGACUGCCAACAACAAGAGCAGUGCCAUCGCCUCGGGUGUCAGCAAGUUCGCCACGCUCUCCCUUCACGAUCGCAAAGAGCAGCACCAGGAGACAGACCACAAACGGAACCACAGCAUGGGUCAUAUUAGCAGCAAGAGCAGUGACAAGCUCAACAUGCUCACCAAAUCCAGAACAGACCCUGCAAAGACUCUGGGGACACUGCUCUGUCCCCGCAUGGAAGACCUACCCCUACUAGAGCCUCUUAUCUGUAAAAAGAUAGCACAUGAGAGACUGACUGUCUUAAUAUUUCUUGAGGACUGUAUAGUGACAGCUUGUCAGGAGGGAGUUAUUUGGACAUGGGCGAGGCCUGGAAAAGUGGGUUUGUCAUCCCAAAAGCAAGCCGUCUCUCCCAGUGGAACGAUAAUAUAGCCAACACUAUUUCUGCUGCUAAGAAUCCUGCAUUACACCAGAGCCUGGUGCUGCUCUUCACCCCACAAUGCAUUGCAAGUUUUUUCCUUUUAUUCUUUUUCCUUUCUCUUGUUACUUUUUCUAUUGUCUUUAUUUAUCAUUCACAUGGCCUAGAUGGUAGAAGUAUUCAAAUACAGAAAUGGAAAGGGUGUGGAGACAUUUUGGACAGUGUUUCUAAUGUAUUGUCUGGACUUUUAAAAUGUUAUUUUUUUUAAAUAAUUUGUCUAUUUUUGCUCCCACAUCUCACAAGACUGUUUUCUGGACUUUGAGCUUGGCUUAGUUAGAUGCAAACCAAUGAAAUGAUGCUUGUGUUUUAAAAUGAGAGUUCACCCAACUUUCAUAAUUCCUAUGCAAAUGGUCCAUGGACCAGGAGUGACUGCCACCAGCCGCUACCGUAAAAUAAUGGCGUUCCAUAGUCUAAAAACUGCACACAAAAAUCAAGUCGUUUAGCCUUUAUGACUUUGCACUGUCAAAGGGUAUUACAUUUGCUAGAGUCCCAACUAUUUUCUUGACCAAGCUACACACGAUCACAGGUUUCGGUGUGCCUUGUCUUCCGUUCAGAAGGCAGUCUCAGUCAUAGUAGGUGUCACUCCUGGCUCAUAGGCUGCAUUCAAGGUAAGAAAAAGAUUAACAAAUUACAUUUGAGUGAACUAACCGUUUAGCAUCCAAGGAUUUGCCUCUAACCAAAUUCUUUACAAGUGUUUUUUUUUUAAAUAGAAUCUCCCCAUUGAGAACUUUGCACAGAUUUUGUUACAGUGACUGGUAAAAGCACACCUACUAUGACUGAGACUGUCCUCUGAACGGAAGACAAGGCACACCGAAACCUGUGAUCGUGUGUAGCUUGGUCAAUACUAAACAAAAAUAUAAACACAACGUGAAACAAUUUCAACGACAGUUCAUACAAGGAAAUCAGUCAAUUUAAAUAAAUGCAUAAGGCCCUAAUCUAUGGAUUUCACAUUACUGGGAAUACAGAUAUGCAUCUGUUGGUCAGAUACCAACAAACAAAAAAAGUAGGGGCGUGUAUCGGAAAACCAGUCGGUAUCUGGUGUGACCACCAUUUGCCUCAUGCAGCGCGACACAUCUCCUUCACAUAGAGUUGAUCAGGCUGUUGAUUGUGGCCUGUGGAAUGUUGUCCCUCAAUGGCUGUGCGAAGUUGCUGGAUAUUGGCGGGAACUGGAACACGCUGUCGAUCCAGAGCAUCAUGUCUGGUGAGUAACGCAACAUGUUGGUCACAUUUUUAAUGAGCUGAAAUAAAAGAUCCCAGAAAUGUUACAUACGCACAAAUAUUAUUUCUCUCAAAUGUUGUGCGCAAGUUAGUUUACAUCCCUGUUAGUGAGCAUUUCUCCUUUGCCAAGAUAAUCCAUCCACCUGACAGGUGUGGCAUAUCAAGAAGCUGAUUAAACAGCAUGAUCAUUACAUAGGUGCACCAUGUACUGUGGACAAUAAAAGGACACUUUAAAAUG